GUUUCGUCGUAUCUUACCGGGAGGAGAUGAGCUCGCGCCGACCUACACUUACAGAGGGCAGCAUUACCGGAGGAGAGCGUCGUUCCUCUGUUUUAUCGGAGCGUCCUCUCCAUCUGUCUUUUAUAGUGUUAAUGUGCUACAGAGGGUACUUUCUAUGCCGCGCACGCGACAGCAAGGACAGUGAUCCAAGGGGGAAGGAAUUCCGCCACCUGAACGAUUUAUUUUCGAGAGAAUUUUUCUUUUAGGUGUAAAACGUCAGGCUAUGACUCCACUAACUCCACGUCAGUUCAGUCGCUGGUCCCUCACAAUAACAGACAAGUUGAUUAGUUUGUCGUUAUAGGCGGCACUUGGUUCUUUUCACCGUGUGCAUUCUAACAGCCUCGCGCGCCUUACGUCCUCCACCCGGCACGCUCGAGCGUCCCCGCUCCGCUUUUUACAAACUCCAGAAGAAAAAACAAUGUGGAAGAAAUCGUUUACAGUUUAAAUAGAAAGAACAAUGCGCCGGCAGUACGGUUUUGAUUUUUUUGUUAUUUGCAACGUUGAGAUUGAACCCAUCAAGUCGUAGACGUUUUUUGUGGAAUUAGUGGGAAAACUACAUGAGUGCUGUGUUAGACUGGGAGAGAAAGAUCGCCACCACCUACACGGGGACGAACAGUGCCGUUUGCUGCUGUCCAGUCUUGAAGAAAACUGGUGCGUCAAGAUCACACCUGCAAACACAGUUUCAGAAGCUUUUAGAUGGAGAUGGCACGACCUGGCAACAGACCUGUUCAGUUUAACUGCUAGACCACUCACCAACGUGCAGCAUGCCUAUAUGUUUGCCAGUAGAAAAAGCAGAAGCAUUAUGGAAGUGAAAGAACGGCGUCCAUACUGCUCACUAACCAAAAGCCGCAAGGACAAGGAAGGACCAUAUCCUGGUUCAGAGGAUCGUGACGAAUGUGCCAUCACCUCCCAGAAACUGCGGGUUCCCACUCAGAACUCCUACUCUUCCAGUGAAACACUCAAGGCCUUUGACCAGCACCAAGACCAGACCAGGUUACUGUACGGGACGACCAAGGGACAGAAGGAUAUGGUGCACCGUGAACAGGAUGACUACAACAGACAUGCUCAGAAUUUCAGCCUUCGUCAGCUGGGCAUCUGUGAGCCGCCUUCCCGUCGGGGUCUGACGUUUUGCUCCGAGAUGGGCCUGCCCCAUCGCGGCUUCUCCGUGGGCCCGGCGCAGGACUUGGAUACUGAUAGUCAGGCUGUGAUUUCUCCAGAACGAGCCAUGCGGCUGUGGGGCCGCGGGGGUCUGGGCAAGUCGUCUGGGAGGAGUUCCUGCCUGUCCAGCCCCUCCAACUCUGUGCUGACUCUGACUGACACAGAGCAUGAGAACAAGUCAGACAGCGACAAUGAGCAAUCGUCCAAUCAUCAUGGCUCCAGCCUGCCUCCGUUGCCGCCCCCUCAUCGCCAGCAACCCUCAAUAACAGCCCUCAAUCAGUCCCUGUGCUCCACGCAUCAAGCCGGUCAGUCCCUGAACUCAGCACGGCAGCUAACGCCUCCCACUGGAAGCCCGGCUCCUGUGGCCGGCCAGUCACCAGCCGAGCUGCAGACCACUCCACCUGAGAGCGUCCCGCUGCAAGACAGCUGGGUGCUGGGCAGCAAUGUGCCUCUGGAAACAAGGCACUUUCUUUUUAAGACAGGCACAGGCACCACUCCCCUCUUCUCUACAGCAACUCCUAGCUACACUAUGGCAACAGGCUCAGUGUACUCACCACCUACAAGACCGCUGCCACGGAAUACUCUGUCCCGCUCUGCCUUCAAAUUCAAGAAAACCUCCAAGUACUGCUCAUGGAGGUGUACAGCCCUUACUGGAGUGGGACUGUCAGUGCUGCUCUCCAUCCUGCUCUGUUACUGCAUAGCUAUGCAUCUGUUUGGUCUAAACUGGCAGCUUCAGGAAAGUGAGGGAUAUGGAGCAUUUGAAAAUGGAGGAGGGAAAGAUACGACUCCCAAUACCUUUAUGGUGCCCACAGACAAUGUUAAAAUGUUUCUGUUCGAGAACAAUACCAUAGACAUAGGAGAGGUGGAUGUGGGGAGAAGAACCAUACAAGACAUCCCACCAGGUGUAUUUUGGAGGUCCCAGUUAUACAUCGAUCAACCACAGUUCUUGAAGUUCAACAUCUCUCUCCAGAAAGAUGCUCUUGUUGGGGUUUAUGGACGCAAAGGUCUUCCACCCUCACACACACAGUAUGAUUUUGUGGAGCUGCUUGAUGGAAGUCGCCUUAUUUCUAAAGACAAACGCGCCCUCAGCGUCACCGACUCGGGUCAGGAGCACCCAGCUAGCUCGUAUGAGGACGAGUUUGGAGGAGGAACCCGGCACACCAGAUCUGUGAACCUGCACGAGGCGGGCUUCAUCCAGUUCCUGGACAUAGGAAUCUGGCAUCUGGCGUUUUAUAAUGAUGGCCGAAACCUAGAACAAGUCUCUUACAAUACCAUGACCAUAGAGUCUAUCAUGGAGUGUCCUCAGAAUUGCCAUGGAAAUGGAGAUUGUCUCUCAGGAUUAUGCCACUGCUUCCCAGGGUUUCUGGGCCCUGACUGCUCUCGAGCUGCCUGUCCAGUGCUGUGCAGUGGUAAUGGCCAGUACUCCCGUGGCCGCUGCCAGUGCUACAGUGGCUGGAAAGGGACGGAGUGUGAUGUGCCAGUGAACCAGUGCAUCGACAUCCACUGUGGCGGACAUGGCAUUUGCAUCAUGGGAACCUGUAUCUGCAACACCGGUUACAAAGGCGACAACUGUGAGGAAGUCGACUGCAUAGACCCCAGCUGUUCGGCCCAUGGUGUGUGUAUACAGGGAGAGUGUCACUGUCAGCCAGGCUGGGGUGGAGCCAGCUGUGAAAUCCCCAAAGCCAUGUGUCCGGACCAAUGUUCGGGUCAUGGAAAGUAUAAUGCAGAGAGCAGCAGCUGUACCUGUGACCAGAACUGGACUGGAGCAGACUGCUCUCUAGAGGUUUGUGAAGUGGACUGUGGGAGUCACGGUGUGUGCUACGCUGGGGCAUGUCGCUGUGAGGAGGGAUGGACAGGAACUGUGUGCAACCAGAAGGCCUGCCACCCACUGUGCAACAAGAAUGGCGUGUGCAAAGAGGGCAAGUGUGAGUGUGACCAGGGAUGGACGGGGGAGCACUGCAAUAUUGCUCACAAUCCGGAUAUUAAAGUAAAAGAGGGUUGUCCUGGACUCUGUAACAACAACGGCCGAUGCACUCUGGAGACCAGCGGCUGGCACUGCAUCUGCCAGUCAGGGUGGAGGGGAGCCGGGUGUCACGUAGCCAUGGAAACAGUCUGCACGGAUGGAAAGGACAAUGAAGGAGACGGUUUGGCUGACUGUAUGGAUCCAGACUGCUGUUUGCAGCCAUCAUGCCAGAACCAGUUAUACUGCAAAGGAUCACCUGACCCGGUUGAGGUUCUGAGCCACUCCCAGUCCUCACUGGGUCCUCAGCAGGCUUCUAGGUCAUUCAAUCAGCGUAUUCACUUCCUGGUUGGUGCUGAAUCUACUCAUGUUAUCACCGGAGAUAGUCCUUUCAAUAAAAGCUUGGUUUCAGUAAUUCGGGGUCAGGUGCUGACAGCUGAUGGAACGCCUCUGAUUGGAGUCAAUGUGACGUUUGUCCACUACGCAGAGCAUGGAUACACUGUAACACGCAAGGAUGGCAUGUUUGAUAUCCUGGCCAAUGGUGGCGCUUCACUGACUCUGAGCUUUGAGCGUGCACCGUUCCUCACUCAGUACCGAACCGUGUGGGUGCCAUGGAACGUCUUCUAUGUGAUGGACACACUGGUCAUGAAAAAGGAGGAGAAUGACAUUCCCAGCUGUGACCUGAGCGGUUUCAUCAGACCUAGCCCUAUCAUUGUUGCUUCUCCUCUAUCUACAUUUUAUAGAAGUUCAACGGAGGGUGGACCGAUUAUACCUGAAACACAGGUUUUACAAGAAGAGACAUCGAUACCAGGCAGUGAUCUAAAACUUGUCUACCUGAGUUCUAGAACUGCAGGAUACAAACCUGUUCUGAAAGUCACCAUGACACAGUCAUCAAUACCGUUCAACCUGAUGAAGGUUCAUCUGAUGGUGGCUGUGGUCGGUCGCCUCUUCCAGAAGUGGUUCCCUGCUCAACCCAACCUGUCCUACACUUUCAUCUGGGAUAAAACUGAUGCCUAUGGUCAGCGUGUCUAUGGGUUGUCUGAGGCAGUCGUGUCUGUGGGGUUUGAAUACGAGUCCUGCCUUGAUCUCAUUCUCUGGGAGAAAAGAACGGCCAUUCUACAGGGCUAUGAGCUAGAUGCCUCCAACAUGGGAGGCUGGAUGCUGGAUAAACAUCACAUCUUGGAUGUGCAGAAUGGUAUAUUAUACAAGGGCAAUGGGGAGAACAUUUUCAUUUCUCAGCAGCCCCCUGUCAUUAGCAGCAUCAUGGGAAACGGGCGCCGUCGCAGCAUCUCUUGCCCCAGCUGCAAUGGACAGGCAGAGGGUAAUAAACUGCUAGCCCCCCUGGCUCUGGCUUGUGGAGCUGAUGGCAGCAUAUUUGUUGGCGAUUUCAACUACAUCCGGAGGAUUUUUCCCUCUGGGAAUGUGACGAGUGUCAUGGAACUGAGAAACAAAGAUUUCAGACAUAGCAACAACCCUGCUCACCGUUACUACCUAGCCACCGACCCAGUGACUGGACAGCUCUAUGUGUCAGAUACUAACUCGCGAAGGAUCUAUAGACCCAAGGUCCUCAGUGGCGCCCGUGACCUCAUCAGUAACGGAGAAGUAGUGGCAGGUACCGGUGAGCAGUGUCCUCCGUUUGAUGAAGCACGGUGUGGAGAUGGAAGGAAAGCUACCGACGCACAGCUACUGGGCCCUAAAGGUAUUGCAGUCAAUAAAAAUGGAUUUAUUUACUUUGUGGACGGGACCAUGAUCAGGAAAGUGGAUCGCAAUGGAAUCAUCUCUACAGUCCUUGGCAGCAAUGACCUGACCUCUGCACGACCUUUAACAUGUGAUACCAGCAUGCACAUCAGACAGGUCCGUUUAGAAUGGCCCACAGAUCUUGCCAUUAAUCCAAUGGAUAACUCCAUCUAUGUCCUGGACAACAACGUUGUACUUCAGAUCACUGAAAAUAGACAGGUCCGUAUUGUGGCAGGUCGCCCCAUGCAUUGUCAGGUCCCUGGUAUUGAGUACACUAUGGGGAAGAGAGCUGUGCAGACCAUGCUAGAGGGAGCUACAGCCAUCGCCUUAUCGUACAGCGGGGUCCUCUACAUUGCAGAGACUGAUGAGAAAAAAAUCCAUCGAAUUCGACAGGUGUCAACUGAUGGAGAAAUUACUCACCUAGCAGGAGCGCCAUCCGACUGUGACUGCAAGAAUGACGCCAACUGUGACUGCUAUCAGAUAGGCGAUGGUUAUGCUAAGGAUGCCCGUCUUAACUGUCCGUCCUCUUUGGUGGUGUCUCCAGAUGGCACACUGUAUGUGGCUGAUUUGGGAAACAUCAGGAUUCGAGCCAUACAAUGCAACAAACCACCUUCUGGCUCUCUGGCUUUUGGUCCCAGCGCCUAUGAAGUUGCAUCUCCAGCUUCUCAGGAACUCUAUGUGUUUGAUGGAAAUGGGACCCACCAGUUCACUAUGUCUCUGGUUACUGGAGACUACAAGUACAACUUCAGCUACAGCAACGAGGAGGAUCUAACUGCUGUCAUAGACAACAGCGGGAACACGCUUCGUAUCCGCAGAGACACCAACAGGAUGCCUGUACGUGUGGUUGCCCCUGACAACCAGGUUAUCUGGCUCACCAUCGGGACUAAUGGAGGCCUGAAGACUCUCACAGCUCAGGGUCAAGAACUGAUUUUAUUCAGUUACCAUGGUAACAGUGGCUUGCUGGCUACCAAGAGCAUCCAAAUAGGCUGGACUACCUUCUAUGAUUAUGACAGCGAGGGACGUCUGACCAACGUGACCUUUCCUACGGGCGUGGUCACCAACCUCCACAGUGACAUGUCAUCAGGAGCAGUUGCUGUUGACAUUGAGACAUCAGGGAGGGAUGAGGAUGUUUCCAUAAGCACCAACUUAUCGUCAAUAGAUUCCUUCUACACUUUAGUGCAAGACCAACUUCGUAACAACUACCAGGUGGGUAAUGACCAUUCACUGAGAGUCAUCUAUGCCAACGGGAUGGACACACACUUCCAGACGGAGCCGCACAUACUGGCAGGAGCCGCUAAUCCAACCGUGGCCCGGCGCAACAUGUCACUGCCAGGAGAGAAUGGACAGAAUCUGGUGGAGUGGAGGUUCAGGAAGGAGCAGACACGGGGAAAAGUCAUUGUCUUUGGGAGAAAGCUCAGGGUAAACGGCAGGAACCUGCUGUCUGUGGAUUAUGAUCGUACACUGCGGACAGAGAAAAUCUAUGACGACCACAGGAAAUUCCUGCUUAAGAUCAUCUAUGACACCCAAGGCCAUCCGACUCUUUGGGUUCCCAGCAGCAAGCUGCUAUCAGUUAACUUAACGUAUUCCAGUAUGGGGCAGGUGAUAGGACUCCAGAGGGGUCCGACCACUGAGAGGUGGGACUAUGACAGUCAGGGGAGGAUCGUUUCCAGAGUCUUUGCUGAUGGAAAGACAUGGAGCUACACUUAUCUUGAUAAGUCCAUGGUGUUGCUGCUGCACAGCCAGCACCAGUACAUUUUUGACUAUGACGCUGGAGAUCGUCUGUCAGCCGUCACCAUGCCCAGCGUAGCCCGACAUACCAUGCAGACCAUCAGAUCUAUAGGAUACUACAGGAACAUCUACACUCCUCCAGAGAGCAAUGCCUCAUUCACUGUAGACUACUCUGAAGAUGGACAGCUUCUCAGAGUUGCCUAUCUGGGCACAGGCCGCUGUAUACUCUACAAAUAUCGCAGACAGAACAAGCUGGCAGAACUCUUGUAUGACUCAACGCGGGUCAGUUUCACAUACGAUGAGACUGCUGGUGUGCUGAAGACGGUCAACCUGCAAAGCGAAGGCUUCAUUUGCUCCAUCCGCUACCGGCAGAUCGGCCCGUUGGUCGACCGGCAGAUAUUCCGCUUCAGCGAGGAUGGGAUGGUGAACGCUCGCUUUGAUUACACCUAUGACAACAGCUUCAGGGUUACCAGCAUGCAGGCCGUAAUCAACGAGACUCCGCUACCGAUUGACCUCUAUCAGUUUGAUGAUAUAUCUGGGAAAGUGGAGCAGUUUGGGAAGUUUGGAGUCAUCUAUUACGAUAUAAACCAGAUCAUCUCCACAGCUGUGAUGACCUACACCAAACACUUUGAUCAACAUGGCCGCAUCAAGGAGAUCCAGUAUGAGAUCUUCAGAUCACUGAUGUACUGGAUCACCAUCCAAUACGACAACAUAGGCAGAGUCACCAAGCGUGAAAUCAAGAUCGGACCAUUUGCCAACACAACCAAAUAUGAUUAUGAAUAUGACGUUGAUGGACAGCUGCAGACGGUCUCCCUCAAUGAGAAGAUUAUGUGGAGGUACAAUUAUGAUCUGAAUGGUAACUUACAUUUGCUAAACCCUGGGAACAGUGGGCGUCUAACCCCCCUGCGCUAUGACCUGAGGGACAGGAUCACUCGUCUGGGUGAUGUUCAGUACAGACUGGAUGAGGAUGGAUUCCUGAGGCAGAGAGGAGCCGAGAUCUUUGAGUACAACUCCAAAGGUCUUCUGGUUCGUGUCUACAGUAAAGCAGCAAGCUGGACCAUCCAGUAUCGUUACGACGGCCUGGGUCGCCGCGUGGCAUCCAGAAACAACCUAGGCCAACACCUGCAGUUUUUCUACGCUGAUCUGAACUAUCCAACCAGAAUCACCCACGUCUACAACCACUCCAGCUCUGAGAUCACGUCAUUCUACUAUGAUCUGCAGGGCCAUGUGUUUGCUAUGGAGAUCAGCAGUGGAGAGGAAUUCUAUAUAGCUUGUGAUAACACUGGGACCCCACUGGCUGUCUUCAGCAACAAUGGACUUUUGCUUAAACAGGUGCAGUACACAGCAUAUGGUGAAGUUUACUAUGAUUCUAAUCCAGACUUUGUACUAGUCAUUGGUUUCCAUGGAGGGCUGUACGACCCACUGACAAAGCUGUUACAUUUUGGAGACAGAGAUUACGACAUUCCUGCUGGCAGGUGGACCACUCCAGAUAUCAGCACAUGGACACGUGUUGGGAAAGACCCACAACCUUUCAACCUUUACAUGUUCCGUAGCAACAACCCCAUCAGCAAGAUUCAUCAGGUCAAAGAAUACGUCACAGAUGUUAAUAUCUGGUUGGUCACAUUUGGCUUCCAUCUGCAUAACGCAAUCCCAGGAUUCCCCAUCCCCAACUUUGACCUGACACAGCCAUCCCUGGAGAUGAGGAAGAGCCAGCUGUGGGAUGACUUGCCUGCCAUCUCAGGCGUCCAGCAGGAGGUGACCCGUCAGUCUCGGGCCUUCCUGUCCUUCGAACGCAUGCCAGAAAUCCAGCUCAGCCGGCAUCAUUCAGACCAGGACAAGCCCUGGCUGUGGUUCGCCACUGUGAAGUCUCUGAUCGGCAAAGGUGUGAUGUUCGCUGUGAUACAAGGCCGUGUGGUCACCAAUGCCCUCAACAUCGCCAAUGAGGACUGCAUCAAAGUAGCUGCCGUCCUAAACAAUGCCUUUUACCUCGAAGACCUGCAUUUCACAGUGGAGGGACGGGACACUCACUACUUCAUUAAGACCAGCUUGCCUGAAAACGACCUCAGCGCGCUGCGGCUGACCUCUGGCAGGAAAUCACUGGAGAAUGGCGUCAACGUCACCGUAUCCCAGUCUACAACUGUAAUGAAUGGGAGAACGCGGCGCUUUGCUGAUGUGGAGCUGCAGUACGGCGCCCUGGCACUCCACGUGCGCUACGGCACGACGUUGGACGAAGAGAAGGCAAGAAUCCUGGAACACGCCAGACAGAGGGCGCUGUCGAACGCCUGGGCGCGGGAGCAGCAGCGCGUCAGAGACGGGGAGGAGGGAGUUCGGCUGUGGACCGAGGGGGAGAAGAGACAGCUGCUGAGCAGCGGUAAGGUGCUGGGCUACGAUGGCUACUACGUCCUGUCCAUAGAGCAGUACCCAGAACUGGCAGACAGCGCUAACAACAUACAGUUUCUACGGCAGAGUGAGAUAGGAAAGAGGUAACACAGCAUGAACCCAGUAGGUCAAAUAACUAAGUAUUAGCACAAGGUUCACAGUCUGGACAGUCUAGAUGUUCCGAUCACUCCAUUGAAGAGUCCAUUUGUUUUAAUUGGGAUUUGACUGAAACAUUGUCACAACUGUCACUUUAACCCAAAACAUUCUGACAGUUCCAUUGGAUUUUUUGAAGCGUGUUAAGCCUUAGCUUGGCUUUCCUCCACUCCCCUUACUGUCUGCUGUCAAACAGCCCCUCCCCCUUCAGGUUAUCCCUGGGCAGGACUGGUCACCUAUCAGUCUGUCCAUGUUGAGGACAGACGAUGGACUAACAGCAGAAAUUUUUUUUUAAGGACUUGUGAUCUGCCCACUCUACUUUAACAUACUGGGUUCCCUCAAUCUGGACUUUCAGCUAUCAACAGAACUAAUGGAUCUCGAACAGUCCGCUUUUAACUCCUACAUUUUAAACCUAAGUCAAGUCUGUUGUUUCUACGGCUGAAGACAUUGACUUGAACCUUUAUGGACUCUCUACAGAGACAGAUGUCAAAGAACUGCAAUUUGUAUGGAGUAAAACCUUAUUUUGUGUUUGGAUUGUUUUUGUGUGUUUGUUUUUAUAUAUAAAAUUGCAUUUGCUUCAGACAAAAAGCUUUAAAAAAAAAAAAAAAAAGUGUUUACAUACUAUAAC